CGCCCCCUGGUCUAGCUCGCUUCCUCACGUGAUGUGAAGUUGGGCAGUUCCAAGCGGCUGUUGGUUUCAGACAUCAAGUCGAUUGCUUCUUGACACAUGUCGGCCGUGGACUUUUGUGCGUCCCUCCUGGAAAUUUCUCGUCUUUCCUUCUUGUUUGGCACCCUUUCUGGCAUACCGAAGCAAUGUUGUUGGCAGCGCUUUCGGUGUUGCUAGCUGGCUUGUUGGCCUUGCACUUCAUCCAAAAGUCGUAUUUUCCGUACUUUUGGAAGGAUCUGCUCUACUUCACCAGCGUCAUCAAGUACGGAGUGAAAAUCCAACUGUUCAAGCAAAGAGGCAGAGUUGUCAGCGUGCUCGAUGUGUUUGUCCGGAGAGCUCGCACGCAGCCUGACAAGCCCUUCAUCAUCUAUGAGGGAGAGGUGCACAGCUACGGGGACGUGGAGCGACGCAGCAAUAAGGUGGCCCAGGUGCUGCUUUCCGAAGGCAGAUUGAACAAAGGGGACACGAUAGCCCUCCUGAUGAGCAACGAGCCCGACUUCAUCUGCGUCUGGUUUGGACUCGCCAAGCUGGGCUGUGUGGCGGCCUUUCUUAAUUUCAAUAUUAAGUCCCGGGCAAUCCUACACUGUUUGAGCUCUUGUGGGGCGAAGACGUUGAUCGUGGGCGCAGAUCAGACUGGCAUGCUGGAAGAAGUUCUCCCAAUGCUGCAAGAAGGCAACAUUAAAAUAUACGUAAUGGCCGCUAAGUCUCCACAUCCGUUAGUGAACACACUCUUGGACAAGUUGCAAGAUGCCCCUGCUAAUCCAGUCCCAGAUGAGCUACGAGAAGCCACUUUAAAGUCACCAACUCUCUUUAUCUUUACAUCAGGAACAACAGGCCUUCCAAAAGCAGCAGUGAUUAGCCAGCUUCAGUCUCUGAAAGCUUCAGCUGGGCUUGCGGCAUAUGGUGCUGGCAAAAAUGACAUUAUUUACAUCCCUCUGCCUUUGUAUCACAGUGCGGCAUCGCUGAUUGGAAUUGGUGGAUGCAUUGAGCUAGGUGCAACCUGUGUUCUGAAGAAAAAGUUUUCAGCCAGCCAGUUCUGGAAUGACUGUAAAAAAUACAAUGUGACUGUGUUUCAGUACAUAGGAGAACUGUGCCGUUACUUGUGCAACCAGACAAAGAAAGAAGGUGAGAAAGACCAUAAGGUAUAUAUGGCUGUAGGCAAUGGCUUGCGGCAGGAUGUCUGGAAAGAGUUCCUUGAGCGCUUUGGGAACAUUAAGAUGUGUGAACUUUAUGGUUCCACAGAAGGAAACCUUUGCUUUAUGAACCACAUUGGAAAAGUCGGAGCUGUAGGCCGCUCUAACUUCUUCUAUAAGUUAUUUUUUCAUUAUGACCUAGUCAAGUAUGAUCUGGAAAAAGAUGAACCUAUUCGUAAUGGCCAGGGAUUUUGUGAACGAGUAAAGAAAGGUGAGACUGGCCUGCUGCUCUCUCAAAUUAAUUCUUUGAGCCCUUUUUUUGGAUAUGUGGGAAGCAAAGCAUUUACACAAAAUAAAAUUUUAAGAGAUGUUUUUAGAAAAGGAGAUCUCUUUUUUAACACUGGAGACUUGAUGGCUGAAGAUCACUCAGACUUCAUAUACUUCAAAGACAGGAUUGGUGACACAUUCAGAUGGAAAGGAGAAAAUGUUGCAACAACAGAAGUUGCAGAUGUUUUUGGAAUGUUGGAUUUUUUACAGGAGUCCAAUGUUUAUGGUGUUUCUGUUCCAGGUUAUGAGGGAAAAACUGGAAUGGCAGCUGUUGUCUUGAGCAAAGGUCAUGAAUUUGAUGGGAAGGGCCUGUAUGAUCAUGUGACACAGCAACUUCCAGUAUAUGCUCGCCCUCGAUUUGUGAGGGUAUUGGAAUCAAUGGAAGUAACUGGAACCCUGAAGCAAAAGAAGUUUCAAUUAGUGAAGAGUGGAUUCAAUCCCUCGACUAUAAGUGAUCCAUUGUAUUUUCUGGAUGACACACAGGCAUGUUAUGUGCCUAUGACAAAAGACAUUUUUGACAGUAUUAUUACUAGUCAAAGAAAGUUAUAGUGGACUUGCUUUUAACAGAAAAAUUGUAUGCCUUGGUAAAGCAUUCAUUGUGUUUGUACAGUAAGAAAUACUGUUACUUGGAGAGGAUGCAUAAUGUUAUAUUGUUUAGAUGUGAAGAAACUUAAACAAUUGAGUGAUGUUAAUAAUUAAUAAGAGCUUCUUUGGAGCUCUACAUAAGGUACAGGUUUAUUAUUAAGGUUCUUGCAAAGCAGACAGCACAAUGAGUGGAGUAACCUUAAACUGCCAAAAAUGUGGCUGAUUAGAUUUCUCUGUCCACCUUGUGUCUGAUAGAACGACUUGGCUUACUGCAGUCUAAUUUGCAUCUCCUUGAAUUUUGCAUCCUUAAUUUGAACUCCAUCUGUAUAGUGAAAUGUCAUCUUGCCUUUUCUGAUAGAAAACAAUUCAUUCAUACAGUAUAUACUGUAGUAGUUGCAAGUCGUCUGCAAUAUUUGCAUCAAUCAAUUGUUUAAUGUUGCUGUUAAGCUUUUUCUGAAUUGAACUUGUGUCAAGAUGAAGUUUAACUACAUCCUUUUAGAAUUCUUAGCUAUAACUAGAAUGAAAAAUCUCUUUCAAUCGAGAUCAGGUCACAACACUUUUGGUGUGACUCUGUGUUCUAUUGUUUGUAAUUUGUUUUCUAGACAUUUUCUGGUCAGUUCUGAACAGAUACAUUUUAUCUUUUUGUUUCAUAUUUUAUUGUACAUUUAAAUCAGAAAAAAAUAUUUUAACCUUUGUGCUUAGUGGGUGAGUGAAGCAGUGUUAACCCACAGGCACUAAUUUUCAUUUUUAUUGAUUCUGGGAUGUAUUUAACAUAGUUAAAAGUAGAAAACUAGUCCGGUGAAAAUAGAACUACUCAUUUGGGGCCAGGUUAUACUGUGGAACUGAUGAAACAUGAUGAAGCACAUGAUUAAACAACGGAAUUACAGUUUUAUUUAGCAACUAUCAUAUCAUCACAAAUUACUCUUUAGCUCCUGAAUUGUAGCUCAUUAUGGUAGAUAGUACUUUAUUUAGCUAAGGGGAAAUUCACACACUUCAUCAACAUAAAACAAAGUUCAUGUAAGUCAUACUGCAAAAAAAAAAACCAGUAAAAAUCAAAUACAAAACAAUACAUGAGUGUAAGAUCUAAGACUAUAGGCACAGUAUACCUGCUGUACAUUUAUUGAAUUGUUUCGCUAAAGAAAUACUGUCUUUGGGCCAGCAUUCCCAUUAUAUAUCUGGAAAAAGUGAUCCCAAACGUGAUGGGUGGAGGCAUUCUAGAGUGUGAUGGCUAAAGGCAAAAUCCUCAGGAGUGUCUCUUCAAUAUAAAAUCUAAUAAUGCUGAUCUAAUGAGCAUACAAAAGUUUUCCAUGUAAACCAUAUACAGUAGUUACCCUUAGUGGAGUCUGUGAUUUUUAUUGCAUCUUUCAGUAAUGAGAUGUCAGAGCAACACAAUAAUCUUUAAAAUAUUUUGAAUCGACUAGCUGCAUGUUUAUGUAUUUUAAUUUGCUAGAAAAUGAUUAAAAAAUACUUGAUUUUAAGUAGACAAGUGUUGGCCACAUAGCAGUAGAAUACAGCAUACAGCAUAGAAGUAAAUUUGUGAAAGGUGUAGAGAAGCUCUUUCAUGAAUGUACAGAUGUUCCUUAUGCUGAAAUGCAGUAUUUACAAUAUAUCAUCUUACUCUGUCAUUCCAUUUUCACUGCUAUAACUUAUCUGUUAAUUACAAUAUCUUCUGAGAGUAUUACAUCAGUGAUAAAAAAGUAUAAAUUGUUUACUAAUUUAAAGUAUUAUGCGCCAUAGAGAAAAACAAAACUAGAUUGCAAAAAGAGAUUAUGCAUAAAGCAGUUUACUCACCAGGUAAUGCACAUUGUGACAGAUAGGGGGCACUGUCGUCCCCUUGAACCCUCAGGUCAUACGCCAGACACCAGAUAAAAGUCCCA